AUGACAAAUCCACGCCAGGAUUCCCAUUUCCAUGAGCCUUUGAAUCCCCUCAUCAACAGUACACCAUGGCUGGCUGGGAUCAACGUGCCGCCCAGCAUCCAGACACGCGGGCUCGGGGCCGAGGCGGGGCCAGCCCGGGCACCUAAAGUUGCAGCUCCGGAGCGCACUGGCACGGCAGACGGGGAGGAAGCGCGGGGCCGCAGAGCAGAGCCGACCGAGAAUUUCCACAAGGAGGACCGGGUGAGCAGCCUGUGCCAGAAAGCGCUGCACAUCGUCACCGAACUGUGCUUCUCGGGCCAGGUGGAGUGGGAGAAGUGCUCGGGCAUCUUCCCGCUGGAGAGCGGCAGCCGCGCGAAGGGCAGCACAGAUAUUUUCUUCAGCCUGUUAGCGGUCAUCAGCUUCUGUGGCCUGGCCUUGUUGGUUGUCUCACUUUUUGUCUUCUGGAAGUGGUGCUGGCCAUGCUGGAAGAGCAAAGCCGUGACUCCCAAUGUCAGUAUCCUCCCCCAGAGCAUCUCAAGGGCUCCUACAGAGGUUUUUGAGGCUGAAGAGAAAAAAGAGGUUAAAGAAAAUGGAAAGCCAGCGCUAAAAGCUCUUGAGCCUGCAAUAAAAAUUAGCCACACUUCUGAUAUCCCAGCAGAAGUCCAAACUGCUUUAAAAGUACAUUUAAUUAAGCAUGCACAUGUGCAGAGACAAACUACUGAGCCUACUUCUUCAUCCCGACACAAUUCCUUCAGGAGACAAAUGCAAGUGUCCAGUGUGGAUUUCACCAUGGACGUGGAACCUGUUUUACAAAGAGGAGAAACAACAACCAGCAUUGGGAGAAUAAAACCAGAGCUCUACAAACAGAAGUCAGUGGACUCUGAGGGCAACAGAACAGAAAAUGUCAAAACCUGUGGGAAACUUAACUUUACCCUCCAGUAUGAUUAUGAAAAUGAACUUCUAGUUGUUAAAAUUAUCAAAGCCUUAGAUCUCCCUGAGAAAGACUUCACAGGAACUUCUGGUCCACAUGUGAAGACGUAUCUUCUUCCAGAUAGGAAAAAGAAAUUUCAGACCCAUGUACACAGAAAGACUUUAAAUCCUCUAUUUGAUGAGGCUUUUCAGUUUCCAGUAGUAUAUGAUCAAUUAAGCAACCGCAAACUACAUUUCAGUGUAUAUGAUUUUGACAGAUUUUCUAGACAUGACAUGAUUGGGGAGGUGAUUCUUGACAAUUUGUUUGAAGUCUCUGAUCUCUCCAGGGAAGCCACAGUAUGGAAAGACAUUCAUUGUGCUACCACAGAAAGUAUAGACCUGGGUGAAAUCAUGUUUUCCCUGUGUUAUUUGCCAGCUGCUGGGCAUAUGAUAUUGACAGUCAUCAAGUGCAGGAACCUGAAGGCGAUGGAUAUCACUGGCUCAUCGGACCUUUAUGUCAAAGUCUCUCUGAUAUGUGAGGGUAGAAGACUAAAAAAAAGGAAAACAGCUAUAAAGAAGAAUACUCUAAACCCUGUCUACAAUGAAGCCAUUAUUUUUGAUAUCCCUCUGGAGAACAUGGACCAGGUCAGCCUAACCAUUGCAGUCAUGGAUUAUGACAGGGUGAGACACAAUGGGAUCAUAGGAGUAUGCGGAAGAGGGCUGGACGCUGAGGGGCUUGGGCACAACUGCUGGAAUGAGAUGCUGGCUUAUCACAGGAAGGCCAUCACACUCUGGCACCCCUGCUGGAGGAGCUAUGGAAUUCACAUGUGUUUGGAGUUACCUGGCCGGGCAACUAGUUUUGAUAGUCAAGGAUCCUGUUCAUCUCCAAAACCACCUUCCACACCAUAAUGCCUCCAGUGUA